ACAUGUCCUCCAGCCUGGAUGAAAAGUUCGGUACACUGCUGACUUCAUCCAGCUCCAGAUUUCCGUCUCUUUCACUACAGUCAGCAGCUUCUAUCUGUAGGGAGCCCAAGACGUGUGUGAUUUACAGGCAUCCCCCGAAGAGCUCCCAUGUAUCUCGGACUGUUCUGCGUUGGCUCCAGCGCUUGGAUCUCAGCUUCUUCCCCAGAAACAUCAACAGGGAUUUUUCAAAUGGCUUCCUGGUUGCAGAAAUAUUCACUAUAUAUUACCCCUGGGACCUGAAACUGUCAUCCUUUCAAAACGGAACUUCUUUAAAAGUGAAGUUGGAUAACUGGGGACAGUUGGAGAAGUUCAUGGCAAAGAAAAGAUUUAAAUUACCUAAAGAACUAAUCCAUGGAACAAUUCAUUGUAAAGCAGGAGUAGCUGAAAUAUUGAUACAGGAGGUGUACACCUUAUUGACUCAUCAAGAAGUUAAAAGUAUUCAAGGAGAACCUGUGACUUUCACAGACUUUAAUUACCAGAUGAAUUUGCCUCUAGUUUCCAGAUCUACAGCAUCAAAAUCUAUUAAAAAUAACAUUAGGUUAUCAGAGUUGAUAAGCAAUCCCAACUUGCUCAACAAUGAACGUAAAAUAGAGUUCCUCUUCCUUUUACAAAUGUUGCAAAGAAGAUUAAGCAGACAGUUGAAUCCAAAUUGGUUUGAGGUCAAACCAACAGUGGGUGAACAUACUCUCAAUCAUUUUCCUAGUCAAGUCUAUAAGUGCAGUUAUAAUCCACUGGUUUCAAAGGAAAGAACUGUUCCUGUGUUAUCAAAUGAUGGUAAUCUGCUUAGAGAAAUUCCUAUGAAACAAGAAAGAGAAGAUUUUUUUGAAAACCUUCUGAAACCUAUUAAAAGCAAGGAAAAGUUAUCCUGAAAAGCACCUGUCUAAUAGCUUUGAAGAACUGAUGUCAUGCACCAUCUCUUGCCAUACUAAUGGGGUAUAAUUACCUAGUCUUGGCUAUAAUUCAGUCAGUAAAUUAAAGUGGUGUUCUAUCCAUA